GAACGAUCCCCGUUGGCUCCGCCGUCGCUAAGCGGGGCAUCGCUGCAUGCAUCCAGACGCUAAACACUCUCCAGCAGUGACGUCCUUGGGUCAGUUCCCACCUGCCAAGGGCUGGAUAUCUGGUGUGCUUGGCUGUCGCCAUGGUCUGCCAUACUACGUCCCGUCUGCGUGUCCAGGCCGAGGUUUAAAGGUUCUCAAUUCCCCAGAUCUAGAUUCUUUGUCAAUUCCAAACUUCUUCUUAGCAUCCGAAUGAACAAAGGCAUUCGCCAUGGGAGGAAAGCAACCAUCACUUGAAGGCCACAAGUCUGGCCAGUCCAACGAGCCUCUGUCCGCACCGGCUCACGUUCUCGACUUCAAGCAAGUGAUUGAGGAGACAAAGUGCAACCCCGACGACGGUCUCACGACAUCGGAAGCCAAAACGCGACUUGACAAGUUUGGAAGCAACGAUCUCGGUGACGAUGGCGGUGUUCAGCCCGCAAAGAUCCUGCUUCGACAGGUCGCCAACUCCAUGACAUUGGUGCUCAUCGCCGCUAUGGCUGUCUCAUUCGCCAUUGAGUCCUGGAUUGAAGGUGGUGUAGUAACCGCCAUUAUCCUGCUCAAUGUCGUGAUUGGUUUCUUCCAAGAGUUCAAUGCUGAGAAGACUAUGGACUCCUUGCGAUCUCUCAGUUCUCCUACUGCCACCGCUAUCCGCGACGGAAAGACUGUUACUGUUCCCACCAUCGAAGUUGUUGUUGGUGACUUGGUCGAACUUAAGACCGGUGACACGAUUCCCGCUGACAUUCGUAUUAUUGAAGCCGUUAAUUUCGAAACCGACGAGGCCCUCCUGACCGGCGAAUCGCUCCCAGUCAGCAAGGAUGCCGAAGCUACAUUUUCUGAAGAAACUGGUCCCGGUGAUCGCCUGAACGUUGCAUAUAGCUCAGCCACCGUCACGAAGGGCCGUGCCCGCGGUGUCGUUUUUGCGACCGGCAUGUACACUGAGAUCGGUUCCAUCGCUAUGUCUCUUCGCCAGAAGAACUCCCGCGUACGUCCCGUUAAGCGCAAGGAUGAUGGUAGCAGACCAAAGCCCCACCGCUACGCUCAAGCUUGGGGUUUGACCGCUGGCGAUGUCGUCGGUGCUUUCCUUGGUGUCAACGUUGGUACUCCUCUCCAGAAGAAGCUUGCUCGCCUAGCUAUCCUUCUUUUUGGCGUCGCUAUCAUCUGCGCUAUCAUCGUUCUUGGUUCCAACUCGUUCUCCAACAACCGCGAAGUCAUCAUUUACGCUGUUGCAACUGGUCUAUCCAUGAUUCCCGCCUCUCUCACUGUCGUUCUGACAAUUACUAUGGCCGCCGGCACGAAGCGCAUGGUUCAGCGUCACGUCAUUGUCCGUAAUCUGAAGUCCCUCGAGGCUCUUGGUGGUGUAACCGAUAUCUGCUCCGAUAAGACCGGUACUCUCACUCAGGGUAAGAUGGUCGCGAAGAGGGCUUGGAUUCCCGCCAAGGGCACAUACUCUGUUGGUGUCACCGACGAGCCCCAUAACCCCACCGUCGGCUCUCUAAGCUUCACACCCAAGGAGCCCCGCCAUAUCGACCCAGACCAGGACGAAAAGUCCCAGACAUACGAGGAACUCAUUGAAGACAACCCGCACCUGAUUGAAUACCUCAAGGUCGCAUCUCUCGCCAACUUGGCCAACGUUCACCAGACUGAUGGUCAAUGGAACGCACGUGGUGAUCCCACCGAAAUCGCCAUUCAGGUGUUCGCAUCCCGCUUUGACUGGAAUCGCCUCCAGUUCACUCAGGGCGAUACGCCCCAGUGGAAGCAGCUCGCCGAGUUCCCCUUCGAUUCUGACGUCAAGAAGAUGUCUGUCAUCUUCGAAGAGGUCGCCUCCUCAAAAAAGAUGGUCUUCACUAAGGGAGCCGUGGAACGUGUCAUCUACUCUUGCGAUACCUAUUACAACCCCGAGAGUGACGAUGUGGUCAACAUGGACGACGAUAUUCGCGAGGAGAUCCUCGCCAACAUGGAGGCGCUCGCAUCCUAUGGUCUCCGCGUCUUGGCCCUUGCCAGCAAGGACUACGACGGCCCGCUCCCCACCAAGGGCCAGGACCUUGAUCGCAAGACCAUUGAGGAGAAGCUUAUCUUCCGCGGUCUUGUUGGUCUCUACGAUCCUCCCCGCCCUGAGACCGCCGGGUCCGUUCGUCAGUGCCAGAAGGCUGGUAUCGAAGUCCAUAUGCUUACUGGCGAUCAUCCCGGAACUGCUCGCGCUAUUGCCGCCGAAGUUGGUAUCUUGCCCUCGAACAUGACUACACUUGCCAAGGACGUUACCGACGCCAUGGUCAUGACUGCCACUCAAUUCGACAAGCUCUCUGACGACGAGGUCGACGCCCUUCCCUUGUUGCCUCUGGUCAUUGCUCGUUGCGCGCCGAAUACUAAGGUCCGCAUGAUUGACGCUCUGCACCGCAGGAAAGCUUUCGCUGCGAUGACUGGUGAUGGUGUCAAUGACUCUCCAUCUCUUAAGCGCUCUGACGUUGGUAUUGGUAUGGGAACUGGGUCUGAUGUUGCCAAGGACGCUUCCGACAUUGUUUUGACCGACGACAACUUCGCUUCUAUCCUCAACGCCAUCGAAGAAGGUCGCCGUAUGUUCGACAACAUCCAGAAGUUUAUUCUACAUCUGCUCGCCCAGAACAUCGCGCAAGCCUGCGUCUUGCUCAUCGGUCUUGCGUUCAAGGAUGAGACUGGUCUCUCUGUUUUCCCUGUCUCACCUGUAGAAGUUAUGUGGAUCAUCAUGGUCACCUCCUCGCUUCCUGAUAUGGGUCUUGGUUUUGAGAUUGCAGCGCCCGAUAUUCUGGACCGCCCCCCUCAGAGCCUCAAGCGCGGUGUCUUCACCAUUGAGGUCUUGGUCGACAUGUUCGUUUACGGCCUUUGGAUUGCUGCCCUCUGUCUCGCUUCAUUCUCGAUCGUCAUGUUCGGUUUCGGUGACGGGAACCUUGGUACCGGCUGUAACGAGGGCUUCAACGACAGCUGCACGACCGUAUUCCGCGCUCGUGCUACUACUUUCGCCUGCCUUACCUGGUUCUCGCUGUUCCUCGCGUGGCAGAUGAUUGAUAUGCGCCGCUCCUUCUUCAUGAUGCAGCCUGGCUCAAAGAAGUACUUCACCCAGUGGUUCCACGAUGUGUGGCGCAACAAAUUCCUGUUCUUCUCUAUCAUAGGCGGAUUCGUCACUAUCUUCCCGGUCCUUUACAUCCCCGUCAUCAACACCGUCGUUUUCAGACACUCUGGAAUCAGCUGGGAGUGGGGAGUGGUCUUCAUCGCUACGUUCCUCUUCUUUAUCGGUAUUGAGACAUGGAAGUUCGCCAAGCGCAUGUACUUCAAGAAGAAGGAUCCUGCUGGUGGACGCAGGGGCUCGGUUGAUCUUGAGGCUCGCGUCUUUGAGCGCUACCUCAGCACAGCGAUCAGCACUGAUGACGAUAACGAGAAGAAAUAGGUGGACUCAUGUGCAUAGAGAUGAUCGUAUGAGCGGAGUUUUGUUUUAAUGCUUCCAAUUGGAAGUGCACUUUCGAUGAUGGUUCAUCACUGAGAAAAGGCGUUCUUAUGCAUAGCUUGCGAUACCUUGAGGCCUACCAUGGCCUUCUCCUCUUGAAGGAAUUAACGUUUUUAUUUAGCCGCUAGAUAUCACUCUGCGAUAAUACCAAGAUAACAAAUUCAAG